AUGCUUGAGCUAUAUGUAUGGGGUCAGGCUUUUGGCCUGGCCUCCAUUGACCCCGAAUGUCUGGCCAUUAUUGCAUACCUUCACCAUGCAGCCCCCAAAUCCGGUUGGCGCAUCAUCCCCUUCAAUGAUCCCUCAACCAGCCCUUUAGAUCACCUGCCAGCAUUGAACCAUGAUGGGGUGUGGACGAAUGGGUUCCGCCAGAUUGUUAAUUACGUCAAGUCUCACUCGCUCUGCCGUGACCUGGACGAAAACCUAUCUGCAGCACAACAAGCGGACAAUGUCGCAUACAGCGCCCAUCUAUCAUGCAAUGCGGCUCUUCUCUUGGAUGUAACUCUCUACCUGUCAGCUGCAAACUGGUCCGCCACAACCUUGCCAGCCUACAGCAAGUUUCUUCCAUACCCGAUUGUAUGGACGAUACCGCCCUUGAUACGGGCUGAGGCUACCAAGCGGGUGGAGCAUCUGGGACUGGCGGAGCUGGACUCUGACUUUGAUCCCAGCUCAUCGCUGCACCUCUCGACCGGCAGAGAGUUUCUCCCCGAGAGCUUCCGCCGAAAUCUGCCUGUUGGUACCAAGAAGACCGUCCGUGAGGAAAUGACACCUGAGCAGCUGGCUGCGAUCCGGUUGACUGGUCUGACAGAGGACUGUCUCUCUGUAUUGGAUGAUUUGUUGCCUCCAUCAGCUGACAAUCUUCGAUUCUUCGGAUCCGAGGUCUCAUCGCUGGACUGUCUUGCCUUUGGCUAUCUUGCCCUCUUACAUGAUGCCCCCGUCCCACGACCAUUUGUCAAGGACUGGGUAGAACAAAACAGGCCUCGAAUUUCUACUUUCGUUGUUGAUAUGAAAGCAAGCCUGGUUGACUUGCCCUUCUCCUCGACUGAAAGUCUAGGCGUCUUACGAGUCGGUGCCAGGACUCUGGAGACCAUGAUACUCAAUGGCCCAGAGCUUGGUGCCCAACUUAUCCGCGGAAUGCUCCGGACAGAAGAGGGUGCUAAGAACAUUGGCCAGAGGACACUCCUGUUCGUCAUGGGAGCCCUCGCAGCCAGCGCGACGAUGGGAUAUGGAUACCACCACUAUCGAUCAUUACAGCCGUUUGGUCUGCGAACUCAAGUGUGGACAGCGCCUCGAGCUCCCUCGCUUAGUCAAUUUGGAGAGCUGGGCUCUAUCCUCGACAGUGCUCUGGGGCCUAUGCCCUCAUCAGCGAGUAGUUUCCAUGGCUUAUCAUCCCCGGGUCGCAUUGUUGAUACCGAUUCCGAGGUAGAUUGA